GGAAUUUGAAUAGAAUUAGAGCCUUAUUGGAAUUAAAUUAUGUAAUUCUGUUAAUUCGUAUUGCUUUGUUAAUGAAUAUGCAGUGAACUAGAAUUUAGUUAAUUAGAUAAUUAUUUAUUUAUCUUUUUCUUUUUAAUCUUAAUUUUGGUUUUGAUCAAAUUGAUUUGCGUUUAAAUUUGCAACAAUCUUUGUGUGUUUUGAAUGCCUACUUUUCGUCCUGCUGUAGAAGUUGCCUAGAAAGACUGAGAAGAGCGGAGUGCUUUUAAAGUGCAGGGCUUCUGUAUGAUUAACCUUGUUGCAUCUGCUUUCUCUAUCUUUGAAUCACAUGCUGAGUCAUCAAAUUGUGAAAAGAAGGGAAUUUAUUUGAGACGUAAUGGGUGGACAGCAGCUUUGAAGAAGGUUCUGGCUGCUGUCUCAAUGAGGAGAUUUCAUGAGUGUAUACUAAGAUCCAGUAGGACUGGCAUCUCUAGCUCAUCUAGUGACAUAUGGCUUCUAGGUGUAUGCUAUAAAGUGGUACAAGAUGACUCAACCGAAGAUUCUGCUACUAACAAUGGAUUAGCAGAGUUUGAGCAAGAUUUUUCAUCAAGAAUUUUAAUAACAUAUCGUAAAGGUUUCAAUGCUAUUGGAGACUCAAAUUAUACCAGUGAUGUCAACUGGGGAUGCAUGCUUCGGAGUAGUCAGAUGCUUGUUGCUCAAGCUUUACUUUUUCAUAGAUUAGGAAGAUCUUGGAGGAAACCUUUGCACAAGCCUUUUGAACAAGAGUAUAUAGAGAUCUUGCAUCUGUUUGGUGAUUCUGAAGCAUCCAGUUUUUCUAUCCACAAUCUUCUUCAAGCUGGGAAGGCAUAUGGCCUCACUAUUGGAUCAUGGGUAGGCCCUUAUGCUAUGUGUCGCACAUGGGAAACUCUAGUUCGAUUUAAGAGGGAGGAAGAUGACUAUGAGGAUCAGCUGCUUCCCAUGGCCGUUUACGUUGUUUCUGGAGAUGAAGAUGGGGAGCGAGGUGGAGCCCCAGUUCUGUGCAUUGAAGAUGCCUCUAGACAUUGUUUUGAGUUCUCAAGAGGUCGAGCUGAUUGGAUGCCUAUUCUUUUAUUGGUUCCAUUAGUACUCGGACUUGAAAAAGUCAAUCCCAGGUACAUUCCAUCAUUACGGGCAACAUUCGCAUUUCCCCAAAGCCUUGGCAUAAUGGGUGGAAGACCUGGUGCAUCAACUUACAUUGUUGGUGUGCAAGAUGAGAAAGCAUACUACCUGGAUCCACAUGAAGUAAAGCCAGUGAUUGAUAUUAAUAGGGAUGAUUUAGAGGCUGAUACUACAUCUUAUCACUGCAAUGUCAUACCGCACAUGCCCCUAGACUUGAUUGAUCCAUCCUUGGCCAUUGGAUUUUACUGUCGAGACAAAGAUGAUUUUGAUGAUUUUUGUUUUCGAGCGUCCAAGUUGGCAGAGGAAUCAAAAGGUGCUCCAUUAUUUACAGUGAGUCAAAUACAGAAUUCGCCCAAGCCGGUUAGUCACAACAAUGUGUUAUGCAAUAGUAGUGGGUUUCGGGAGGAUGAUUUAUUUGAUGUGCUGGCUAUGAAUGAUGAGGAGGGCAAUGCACAUGAAGAUGGCUGGCAACUUCUAUGAGAAUAAGCUCAUAAGUUAUUGGAUUUGCUCUCCCUGAUCUUGACUGAAGUUCUGCGAUCUUGUUUAUAUGGUCCAUUACUUAAAAGAGUUUGCUUCUCACAUUUGUUAUUACCAAAAAAAAAAAAAAAAAAAAAAGGUUUCAUAAAUUAUGAUUUUUUAUAUUACAAAUUAUUAACUAAUGAUUGUAAUAUACACUUCAGACUGUCUACCAUGUCCUGCGGAAUCAUAGCCUACUCUCACCGGUAGAGUUGUAAAAUACGGACACCGGCAUGAGCAAAACAUGAUAAAAAUUUGGCAUGAAAGGCACUCGUAGAUUUAACUACGUGUAAGGUUCUUCCUCAA